AGCUCCGGGUGCCCGUGCCUUCGCCUCCGCCUUCCUCGCCGCGCUUCGCCGCCGCCGCCGCCGCCGGCUCCGUCCUCGCCACACCAUGGCUUUCGUCACCCGGCAGUUCGUACGCUCCGUGUCCUCGUCGUCCUCCGCGUCCGCCUCGGCGAAGAAAAUCAUCGUCAAGCACGUGACGGUCAUCGGCGGCGGGCUGAUGGGCGCCGGCAUCGCCCAGGUAGCAGCAACAACUGGCCACACAGUAGUGUUGGUGGACCAAACAGAGGACAUCCUGGAAAAAUCCAAAAAGGGAAUCGAAAACAGCCUGAGGAAAGUGGCAAAGAAGAAGUUUGCAGAAAAUACUAAGGCCAGCGAUGAGUUUGUGGAGAAGACCCUGAGCAGCAUCUCCACCAGCACAGACGCUGCAUCUGUGGUCCACAGCACAGACCUUGUGGUGGAGGCCAUUGUGGAGAAUCUGAAAGUGAAGCAAGAGCUCUUCCAGAGGCUGGACAAGUUCGCGGCUGAACACACCAUCUUUGCCAGCAAUACUUCUUCUUUGCAGAUCACAAGCAUAGCCAAUGCCACCACCAGACAAGAUCGAUUUGCUGGCCUCCACUUCUUCAACCCAGUGCCCCUGAUGAAGCUCGUGGAGGUUAUUAAAACCCCAAUGACCAGCCAGAAGACAUUUGAAUCUCUGAUGGACUUCAGCAAAACCUUGGGGAAGCAUCCUGUUUCUUGCAAGGACACGCCUGGGUUUAUUGUGAACCGCCUCCUGGUGCCAUAUCUCCUAGAAGCGGUCAGACUGUAUGAGCGAGGGGAUGCAUCCAAGGAGGACAUCGACAUUGCGAUGAAGCUGGGAGCUGGGUACCCCAUGGGUCCAUUUGAGCUUGUGGACUAUGUGGGGCUCGAUACGACAAAGUUCAUUUUGGAUGGAUGGCAUGAAAUGGAUGCGAAGAACCCGCUGUUUCAGCCCAGCGCGUCCAUGAAUAAGCUGGUAGCGGAGAAGAAGCUGGGCAAGAAGACGGGAGAGGGGUAUUACAAAUACAAGUGACCGCAUUCGCGCUUCCAUCCCGACCUCCGUGAGCCGGGGGGAGCUCCAGGAGCUCUGCUCAGCCAGUGCCUUGCUGCCUUGCUGCGUGCGCAGCUGAGUGCGCAUCUCCAUGUAGUCUCUGAAGUCAUUGUCUCACUAGUUGCAGUAAUAACAGAUUCCUCUCCUGAGAACUAACUCCCUUUUUCAGUCUAUUUUCUAAAAAGCUGGAUGUACCUCGGUGCCUUGCAGCAAUUGUUUUUUAGAAUCUUGCUGUUUUCUUCGCUCCUUGCCUCGCUCCAUUCCCCCGCUUCCGAGGGGAGUGAGCUUGCCGUGUGGAGGAGUCGCCGUCAUCGCCUCCCUGGUGCCUCUCAGGGCCGCGGCCAGCAAUGCCCAAGCCUUGCUUUUCUCAGAACAGUUUGCUCCUUGGCAGCUCUGAGCCUUUCCCUCCGAUCCAGGUGUCAUGUCUUCACUCAGUUGGAUUGUGGGAAAGCAUCUGUGGGCGUGGUCUGCAGGAAGAUGUCUGUUUUCAUGCUCCUUCACAUCCACGGGUCUUACUGUGAGGUCUCUCCUUCUCUAUGGGAAAUCAGUGCUGCAAUCUGCCUUAGGACUUGAUUCUACUAAAAUGCAGUCUUUUAAUCUGUGAAGAUUUGAAUGGAAAUAAAUAAACAUGGGUAAUUGAAAGUUA